AUGCCGCUCCUCGUCCCAGUGGCAUGUGCCUCGGCAGCAGUAGCCAACGACCACCGCGUCGUAGUCUACUACCAGACGACCCAAGCCAACAAUAGUGCCACAGCGCAUAUCUCGCUGCUACCGCUCGUCGACAGUGCCCCUGAGGUUUCUGUCACCCAUGUCCUGAUCGCCGCCAUCCACAUCCAAGAUGACGCCACCGUCCACCUUAACAACGAGCCCCCUGACAACGCCAUGUUCGACGCAGUCUGGACCGACGCGGCACAGCUACAAGCUAAGGGCGUUACUGUAAUGGGCAUGCUAGGCGGUGCCGCCGCAGGUUCUUACCAGCGUCUUGACGGCGACGACGCCUCGUUUGAGAAGUUCUACGCCCCACUACACGACAUGAUCGGCACCUACAACCUGCAGGGUCUGGACCUGGAUGUUGAGGAGGCCUUUUCAUUAGACGGCGUCAUCCGGCUGAUCGACAGGCUCAAGAAGGACUUCGGUAAUGAUUUCAUCAUUUCUCUUGCUCCCGUAGCUUCUGCAUUGACCGAAGGCGGCGGCAACCUCAGCGGCUUCAACUACUUCGACCUAGAAAACCAACGCGGUAGCUCCAUCGCCUUCUACAACGCGCAGUUCUACUACGGGUGGGGCGACGCCAGUAGCGCCGGCGACUACGAAGCCAUCCUCGACGACGGUUUCCCCGCCGAAAAAGUAGUACUGGGCUUAGUCACCGACCCGUCCAACGGGUACGGCUUCGUCAGCUUGGACAACGAGGCCCCGGUUCUCCAGGAGCUUACAAGCGAGAACCCGACGUUCGGCGGCGUGGCAGGCUGGGAGUACUUCAACUCGCUGCCCGGCGGCUCGAGUUCCCCCUGGGAGUGGGCUGCUUGGAUGGCGGACCACGUUAGAUCUGCUGCUGCGACUACCGGCGAGAAGCGCGAGAUUGCGACGACGGAGAAGGUCUGGAGGGGUAUUCGUAAGGCUGGGCGGCGGGUGCGCCGUGAUGCUAAGAAGGUGUAUCGGGAUUACAUUGCUUAA